CCAUCAGCCGCCGCCAGUAUAGAGCAGCAGCCAUUGCGAACCGCCAGCAUUUUGAAACGGCACGGAAAGACAAGCAAGUGCUUUCGACAGCAUAAUUUUCAAUUUCACAGCGUAGCACCGAACACACACCGAGUAAUUAAAACGCCAAAAUAAAAAAAAAUAUUUCACCGCAUCCAUGCGAACUGUACACGAGAGCGUAUUCAAGCCCAAACUGAUGGCUGAAACGAAAUUCAUUGUGGAUAUUCGACCUGUUAACCGCAAUGCAGCAGCGCUAUCCAGCGCUAAUGCAACCGCCGCCGCUGCCGCCGCCGCCACCGCUAAUAAUAACAACACGCUCCCUAGUCCAUUAGCGGUAAACACAACGAAUUUGGGUCAUGUUGGUGUGGGUGUUGAUGUCGGCACUGGAGCGCAUCGUGGUCUGAACGGUAACGGCAUCGGCGGCGGCGGUGGUGGUGGUGGUGGCGCUGGUGGCGCUGGCAAUUCACGUAACUCCAGGGCGGAAGUGAAUUGGCGUCGUGUUUUCACCGUUUCAUCGCUGAUUGUGUCGUUGCUGCUGAUUAGCGGUUCAAUUUAUCUACAUUUGCGACGGAAGCCACAUCUCGGUCGACUGCGGCACGAACAGCAGCAGCAGCAGCAGCAGCAACACGUUUCAGUAGCCGGCGGUGUUGCUGCGGCUUUAGUUGCACCACUUCAGGACAAGCACUUGCCACCAACCAGCGCAUUCACUAUUAACAACAAGCUGACAUCAUUGAAAUUGCCAUACUCACCAGCAUUACAAACUCAACUAUCAACAACGCCACUAUCGCCACAAUCAUCGACAAUUCGAACAAUAAUCCGCAGCGAUUUUACACAACCCAUACCAGAGGAGAGCGUAGAUUUCGCACAAACAUUAGUAGUUGUGCAUGCCAAUAACUACAACAAUAAUGAUUCUGCUACUAUCACUGCGGAUAAUAAUAAUGGCCACGCCGUGUUGGCUACACUCACAGUGGCAUCAACACCUGACGCAAUCACAUCCGCAACCAUAUCCGCGCCGUUAGCAUCCGCAAGGCCACCUUCGGUAGCUGCAACAACAUCCGGCAACUCUUUUGCGACUCACAACUCUGGCGCAAUGGCAACCACUUCAAUGGUAUCAAUAGAUUCAGCGCCAAGAUGGAAUGCACCUUCCGUUGUUACGGAUAGUCGUUCAAGGCAUAUCACCGAAGCUUGUAUGCAAUGCAUUUGCGCCACGGCAACCCAGUGCCGCCCAGUCACAUGCGGCAAUAAUAUAGAAGACUGUGGCGUUUUUCGCAUAUCACAGCCCUACUGGUUGGAUGCCGGCAAGCCAGCACUUGAGGGCGAUGAGAGUUAUGCCAGCAACACGACCACAAUUAGCACCCCAAGCCAUUGUACCUCCCACUACGACACCCAAGCAAAUGUCACCAAUGUGCAACGAAGCUUCACCGUAACAUUUCAACCGUAGAAAAAUCAUUUCACUGUCGAGGCUGUUUGCACAUACUCACACAUAUACACAUUCCUGGCAUAUAUGUAUGAUAAAAAUUUAGAAGAAAAAAAGACAAACAAAAAAAAUACUAAGGGAAAAUGUGUCAUAAAAUAGUACAAAAUAUGACGAUACAGCUGAGGGCAAGCAGCAGGAGAGAGCAUAGAAAAACAUAUUCCAUUGCUGCUAAAUUACAAAAUGCAUAAACACAAUUAGAUGCCAUUCGCUUAUGCCUCAUAUAAUGUGCGCAAUGCGAACGAAUCGUGCGAGAUGCCACACAAUAUGCGGGCGUUUACAAGUGGGUGUAUGCGUAUGUGUGCUUGCGCAUACCUAUGUAUGUAUUCGUGAAUGUGCGACAUGAACAACACAAAAAAAAAGAACACAUUGCCGUACUCGUAUGUCUAUGAAAAGAAUUGUGCCAACAUACUUACACUCAUAUUUAAUGAGAUGUGUUAACAGUUUGCGUAUGGCGGAAGGACCUUUUUCCUGUCGCCAAUGAACACAAAAGUCAGACAAGUAGAAGAGAAUUGACUGACGGGCCAACAAGCAGACACCUAAUGGCAGAGCAUCAUCACUGAAUGUUGGCUGAACUCUGCAAUGCUCUGAAGUGAACUGGAAGGAAGCUCAAAUCUAGUUUUUUU